AUGGGUAGUAAUUUGUUAGUGAGUCCUUCGACGUCGGACAAAGAAGAUCAAGGACAUGAUGAGUACAAAGGACCAGCAACGAUGGAUAUCCUUUUAGAAGAGAUCCAUCUGUCGGGUCCCGAUAUGCUGUCCACAUUCAUCCCUUCCGAACCCCCGAUCCAGGAAGAGCAGACCGAUAGCGAUUAUUAUGAGAGAAAUGGAGGAACCGUUUCUUUGGGACCUACAGACCCUGGACCCGUUCGAGCCGAUUCCAAUGGCGAGAUGAAACCAGUUCAAGAGCGAUUGGAUUAUCCUACUCGGCCAUCUGAUAGUGAGAUAACCUUGGAUCCCAGGGGAGAUCGACCCAGUUUGGAUCAAGGUCAUGUUCAUCUGGUGGGUAGAGGAGAUGCGCCCAUCACCAUCAUCCUCCAUUAUGGAGGGAGAGUCCCUCAACUCCAUCUCUAUCCAGUCGACUCGUUGAUUGUGCCAUGCGUCGUGCUAGUUGGAGGAGGUGGAGUGAGGAGUCACCGGUUAUUCCGGCCUAUCGUGAUCGGAGGAAUCGUGGCCGUUGUCAUGAUUCUUCUUCUGGUAACUAUCGCCGUGUUGACCCACGGAGGUCAAACGAGCGAAUCCACGUCAAAAGCGCUUUCACUUCCUCACCCCUUGGACGGGACCGGUGGGGAUCCCCUCGCGUUGAAGGACUUCCUUCGUGGAAGUAUCCCCCAAAUCUUCAUGAACAACGGAUCUUGGAUUUCAGAUACGGAGAUCUCUUUCACUGACGACUUCGGUGUCAUGGCCUACGACGUCUCCACUGCAAUUGCGAACUUACUCAUCCCAGGGCGCAUCAUGGGACAAACGGGUGGCUAUCGGGAGAAGUUCUCAGCGGACAGGAGUUUUGCAGCCAUCAUAUCCGAUCCCCAGAAGGUGUAUCGACACUCAUUUCUGUCUCGAUAUUUCCUCUUCAGUUUGAAGACAGGAGCCGUGAUUCCCUUGGUAGUCCAAGAACAAGGUAAUGAGGACAGUUCAUCUCCCGACCUCCUUCAAUCCCUUGAAUGGGCCCCAGUUGGAGCCUCCUUGUAUUUCGUCUAUGACAACAACCUCUACUACGUUCCCCACCCGGAGGCAAACAAGGUCUUCAAGCUGACCGUCACGGGAAUACCCGGAAUGGUCUUCAAUGGAGUCGCCGACUGGGUUUACGAAGAGGAGAUCCUGUCAGACCAUAAGGCAGCUUGGUGGUCCCCGACCGGGAAAUUCCUCGCAUAUGCCUCCUUCAACGACACCGACGUCCCGGAGAUCCAGUAUCCCAUCUACGGGCCUUUGAAAGCUCAUUGGCAAUAUCCCGACAUCCAGAGCAUCCAUUAUCCAAAGCCUGGCAGGCUGAAUCCGACGGUGGAGCUUUGGGUCGUGGAUUUGUCCGAAACCGGUCCGGCCAAGAGUUUCCGUCUUCUUCCCCCACGGGAGUUCCAGUCGGUGGACCACUACUUCUCCCGGGUGACUUGGGCGGAUCCAGAGACGGUGGCCAUCACUUGGAUGAAUCGACGACAAAACGUCUCCAUCGACGUCAUCUGCCACGCUUCCACUUGGCAAUGCAAGCAGAUUCAUACAACGAUCGUCCCGAACGGGUGGUUGGAGAACUUCCAACCCCUCUCGUUCUCCAAGUUGAAUCCUGCGAAAUACCUUGCCAUUCGAUCGGUCGAUCAGCCGGGAAUCGGGUCGUUCCCGCACAUCGUGCUCGGCGAUGCAAACACGGGACAAAAUGUGCCUAUCACUUCGGGAGCCUUAACGGUGGACAAAAUCCUUCACUGGAACGAGAAAGACGGAAAAGUGUAUUUUGUGGGAACGGAGGCGAGGGCGGCAGAGGAAUAUCAUUUCUACGAGGCGGACGCGAAGAAACCGGGCUCGGAGAAUGGAUACGUUUGCGUGUCCUGUCGCAUGAAGAAUAAAUACGGGGAACCUUGCAAGUUCGUGAACGUGGAAAUGAGCAAAGAAGGUUCUUAUUAUGCCCUCGACUGUAUGAGUUAUCAGGCUCCACCCGAAACAAACGUCUUCCUCAGCCACAAUCACCAGCUUGUAAUGAAAUGGCUGGACAACGAUGAAAUUCGGGAAGAGAUGGCCGAGAAAGAUUUGCCAUUGGUGAGGAAUCUUGUGAUGCCAGUCGAGGGUGGAUUCUCGGCCAAUGUCCGCCUUUUACUUCCGAGGGCUGCCCUCAACUCCACGAACAAGUUCCCCAUGAUCGUCUACACGUAUGCAGGCCCGAACACUCGGGCAGUGGACGAGAAAUUCCCCGGCAUCACGUGGGAGAAGUAUCUGGCCUCUCGACUGGGUAUCGUCGUGGCCACCAUCGACGGCAGGGGCUCUGGGUUCAAGGGCAACGACUUCCUGUUCACCCUGAAUCGAGCCUUGGGAACCGUGGAAGUGGAAGAUCAAAUCGACGUGACCAGGCAAGGACGCCUCCCGUUCUCUUCCUUCCUUCCGCCUUUCCCCCUUUGGAUCUCAAGUGAAACCAUUCUACCACAGGAAGCUGACUCAACGUAUACGGAGCGAUUCAUGGGGGUGCCGGCCGGGAACGAGGAGGGUUAUGAGCAAACGGACCUCACGCGAAGAGUGAAAGACUUUCAAGGGAAGUUUUUCUAUCUCAUUCACGGCAAUGCCGACGACAAUGUCCAUUACCAGCAGUCCAUGAUGCUUUCCAAAGCCCUGGAGAAAGGGGAUGUCCUUUUCAGGCAGCAGAGCUACCCGGACGAAGAUCACUCUCUGACCAGCGUGAGGAAGCACUUCUAUCAUUCCAUGCAGGAGUUCUGGGCCGAGUGCUUUGACCUACCGAUUAAAGAGUACAUCUGAGACCCAGGCGACAUCCACUUGUGCCCGUGUUUCGGCACUGGCACCGAUGAAGAAGGGGAAUGACGAAGAAAAUUAGAAGUAUGACGCUUAAACAGGGACAGUAUUCCAGCAGCAUCUUCCUUUUGUCCACUGUGCCAAAGUGGUGAUAUUGAUACCUAAGGAGCUUUCCUCUUCUUGGAGUUCUCAGCACGAAAGAGCAGCUCCCUCAUCCGUUUCGUUGCACUGCACAUGUUAUCAAAUAUUGACGCGAUCAUCAAGAUUUGCACAAAUCGCGACACGAAUUUCCACUUUCUUACCGGAACCCUCCAUUUUACCAUGAUUUUAUUCUUUAUAGAGUGCUUAGUUGUGUUUUCCAGACCGAGUGACAAGGGAGAAGAUUGAACGGAAGAGCCGCCCCUGCUUCCUCUUCAUUUCAAAAAUGGCUUCUGGGGAUCCGGGACUCGUAUCGCUUUCAGUAUCGAUUCCAUGUUUUUUAAAUUCCUAUAUAUAUUUUCAGACUAUCACGGUAAAGGGAAAACCUGAAUCUCAUAGUCCAUUCAUGACUGAAUUUUUUUAUGGUCCUGAAUAAAUGGGGCGGUCGACUUUUCUGUUAUUUUAGGGACCAGAGUGAUGUGAUAACGUGUUUCUUAGUUGUUGAUAAAGG